AUAAUCAUUGAACCAGAGGUAGUGUUAGAAUACUUUAAGGAGAAGGUGGGAACCCACCAUAAAGGCUAGUCCUGCAUCUUAGAGCCUUUAAAACACGAGAGGUCCUCGUUAGUGUCUAUGGAUUUAUGAGUUGUCCAUUUCACUUUGAGAAGCCAAAGUUAAAAGCAACUUCUUAACUUACUUCCUUUCCCACACCACUGAAACUAAAACACAACCACCAAAAUAACACUGUCAACGUUGGUUUAACUUGGCCAUGCCCCUCCACUGGCUUGUCCCAAAACCAGAAAAUAGCAGCAGUGUUUCCAUGGCAGGUUUGCCGAAUUUGUCGGAACCCCAUAACAAUUUGGAGUCCCAUCAUAGAGCUGUCCUCACUUACCCUAUUCAGACCAAUACACAAUCCAUUCUAGUGGCCUCACACUCCAUAACUUUAAAGUUUGAAGAGGUGGUUUACAAGGUUAAAUUGGAGCAGAAAGGAUUUUACUUUAGUGGAGGGGCAUCGAUCUCCAAAGAGAAGACUAUACUAAAUGGGUUGAGUGGCAUGGUUUGUCCAGGGGAGAUACUAGCGAUGCUUGGCCCAUCGGGGAGUGGAAAAACCACUCUCCUAACAGCAAUUGGUGGCCGACUCACUGGCAAGCUAUCUGGAAAGAUCACAUACAACGGUCAGCCAUUUUCCAGUUCCAUAAAACGAAGAACUGGAUUCGUUGCACAAUAUGAUGUCCUCUAUCCACACCUCACUGUAACUGAGACUCUUCGAUUCACUGCACUGCUAAGGCUACCCAAUAGUUUGACCAAGGAUGAGAAAGUUGAGCAUGUGGAGCGAGUUAUCGCCGAGUUGGGGCUAACUCGCUGCCGGAAUAGCAUGAUAGGGGGGCCGCUUUUUAGAGGGAUAUCAGGCGGGGAGAAAAAGAGGGUGAGCAUAGGCCAAGAAAUGCUCAUUAACCCAAGUUUAUUAUUGCUGGAUGAACCCACCUCAGGUUUGGACUCGACCACGGCUCAGCGGAUACUGAACACGAUCAAAAGGCUGGCUAGUGGAGGUAGAACUGUAAUCACAACAAUUCACCAACCUUCAAGCCGACUCUACCAUAUGUUUGACAAGGUGGUAUUGCUCUCUGAAGGCUGCCCCAUUUACUAUGGUCCUGCAUCAACUGCUUUGGAAUAUUUCUCCUCAAUUGGCUUUUCCACGCCCAUUACAAUCAAUCCUGCCGAUCUCUUGCUCGAUCUUGCCAACGGAAUUGGGCCUGAUUACGAGCAUACAAUCGAGCAACGAGAUAAUACAGACCAAGAGAAGAAGGCAAUGAGGGAUAUUCUCAUCUCCGCUUAUGACAAGAACAUUUCUACAAGAUUGAAAGCUGAAUUGUGCAGUUUGGAUGUCAAUAACUAUAAUUGUGCGAGAGAUGCAUCCACGAGAAACACUGUAAAGCCAGAGCAAUGGUGUACAAGCUGGUGGCAUCAAUUCAAGGUUCUUCUUCUGAGGGGGCUGAGGGAGCGAAGAUUUGAAGCCUUCAACAGGCUAAGAAUCUUCCAAGUCAUAAGUGUUGCUGUACUUGGAGGACUCCUAUGGUGGCACACUCCGCCUUCCCACAUUGAGGAUCGCAUUGCCAUGCUUUUCUUCUUCUCUGUGUUCUGGGGCUUCUACCCUCUAUAUAAUGCUGUUUUCACAUUUCCCCAAGAAAGAACUAUGCUAAUCAAGGAACGUUCAUCUGGAAUGUACCGCCUCUCCUCCUACUUUUUAGCCAGAACUUUUGGGGACCUGCCCUUGGAGCUUGCACUUCCAACUGCAUUUACCAUCAUCAUCUAUUUUAUGGGUGGCCUCAAACCCAAUCCUGUUACUUUCAUCCUUUCCCUUCUUGUUGUCCUUUACAGUGUCCUUGUUGCACAAAGUCUUGGCUUAGCUAUUGGUGCCAUACUCAUGGAUGGAAAACAAGCCACUACUCUUGCCUCAGUUACAACCCUUGUCUUCCUUAUUGCUGGGGGUUAUUACAUUCAACAAAUUCCACCCUUCAUAGUCUGGCUAAAGUACUUGAGCUACAGCUACUAUUGUUACAAGCUCCUUCUUGGGGUUCAAUAUAACGAGGACGAUGUUUAUGAGUGCACACAAGGUGUCUAUUGCCGGGUUGCAGAUUUCCCUGCAGUCAAGUCAGUGGGUCUGGACAAUUGGUGGAUAGAUGUAUCUAUAUUGGCCCUGAUGUUGGUAAGUUAUCGACUUGUUGCCUAUCUAGCCUUGCACCGGGUGCAGUGAAGUAAGUUUUGCAGGGGACAGCUCAGAAAACCAGAGAGAAAGAGAAGAUGAGGAGAAGGAAGUUUUCUGGCGAAAAUUUCGUCAAAGAACACAGCCCGAAGAGUUUUCUAUUUUUCCAAUGGAAAAAUAAUGCUAGAUUAAUCUAGAUAUAGAUGAAAAUCUUGUUGCAACAUCUUUAUCUUUCCUGAGAGUAACGCACAUCCUUUGGUGGUAGUUAACAUAAUCCUUAAGUUGAAAA